AUGAACGCUACGUUAAAUAAUAUCACGACAAACGCUUCCGUUGCCGCCGUCCCGUCGACUGCCGACUGGAAUUACCCGGCGGUUUCCAGCUUGAUCUGGUUCAUUCUGCAACUUGUUCUCAAUGUGUCCAUGCUGCUUUUCCUUGUUCGACACAAAACGUUGCGCACCGGAUUUAACGUGUAUCUCAUUGGGCUUCUGUCAACAAAUGUAUUCUUCGCUGUUGGGGUAUAUCCAUCGGAGAUUCUGGAGGCGCUGUACGGGCGCUGGUGGAUGCCCAGAGGGACCUGCAGUUUAUUCAUUUACUGUAUCUGGGUGAUGGCCGGCGUGGCAAUGCACAUGCACGUUCUCAUCACCGUCAAUCGUCUGUGGGCGCUGACCUUUCCGUUGUCUUACCGGAAUCGGCACAACACUAAAGUGGCGUGUCUGCUUGCGGUCGGCAUGGUAGCGUAUGUGCAUAUCGUAUGCUUUCCCAUUUUCCUAAUCGACGAAUUGUACUAUCGGCCGGCACCGGGAGAGUUUGGCUGCUAUUUAAACGCGGCUGAACAGACGGUGUAUGCACUUGCAACUGACAUGGUGGCGUUUAAUUUGCCCGUGGUAAUAGUACUGUUUUCUUAUCCCUACAUUCUGUACAAAUUUCUUCGCCGGCGGCGGGCGAGAACUGCAGCAUCUACAGCAUCGCCGAUGCCGAUCGACGGAUCCCAUAACCAGGCUAACUCUAACAAAAUAGCACCAGCAAGCAGCCAGCCAACAACCGCUACCAGCCACAAGAACGACGGCUCCGUUCGCCCUUUCCUGAUCCUGACGCUGCUGACGUGUAGUAUAGCGAUAUGCUGGGCCCCUGCUCAACUAUACUUUACACUGGACGGUUUUAUGGAGGCCGGUUUUAUGAGCGUCAGCUCCAGUUUAAUCCAGUUGAAGAAAGCAGCCCUGUUUUUGUAUCCGAUGCAGGCUAUCUUGGAUCCCAUUGUUUUUGCGCUGUCAUUAAGCAAUCUUCGUUCUGUCAUUCUAAAGUGGUGGGAUAAAAGUGCCGCCCCGAGGGGGCGUGCUCUUAUGGCUCCUUAA